AUGAACAAAGACUCCUCCUUCACUUUCAUCCACAUGCACCGCUCACGCGACGCAGACCUCUUCGAGGACUUUUGCAAGGACAGGCUCCCAGAUGAUGAGAUCUAUGUGCCCGCCGUGCACCAGCCCAUCAAUCCUGAGGACGAAGACGAUGUCGUUCCUGAUCAGCACGCUGCGUUUGGUAUUCAACGCGCUACGCAAAAGUCAAAGGAGCCUGCGUGGAAGGAUCUUGGUCUCUCGGGGCUCAUGAAUAAGGGGCCGAGUAUCGGAACUGGUGGAAAGCCGCAGGGUACUGGCCGUGCUCUGCCACGGUAG